AUGGCCAAAGGCGUGGAGCCUACCCGCGGUUCCUCCUGCGGGCACAGAGGGGAGAGGGCCGCCCCGCCGCGUCAGGAUCGGAGCGGCCCCGCCGCCCCGCGCCCCGCGUCCCGCUCCCGGCACCGCUCCGCCGCCCGUCCCCCCUCCGCUCCGCCGGCCCCGGCCGCAAAGUUUCGCGACUCCCGCAGGAGGAUCCUUUCGCUGGGGCCGGCAACGCGGUUCUGCCUCCAAACACCUUCCCAAGCUUUUUUUCACCAUCCAACUCCCCUCCCACGGAGGAGCUCGGGAAGGGUUAAAAAAGGGGGAGAAAAAAAGAGGAGGGGGGGGAAAGUUGCGUCUUUUACCGUAGCUUUAAAGAUGCCCCCGGCACGGAGGCAACUACGUUUCAGCCUGUUGCCUUUCCCCGGGACGUGGCCAGUACCCGUCCCGCAGGCUGACGGUUACCAUAAAUGUCGCGUUUCUCCCCGCGAGCUGCUCUGAAUGAUUUUAGCCUGUUGAGAAGGCGUGACAGGCCAGCCCAGAAGGAGGAAGGGGUGGGGGAAGGAGGGAACUCCUUUUAACAAAUAAAAAAGAAUUAACUUCA